GCGGCGUAGCGGCUUCCUAUGAAGGGAAGGUUACUUUCAUUUUUCAUCCGGUUGCACAGCCGUGGCACGGGCAGAGCAGCUUCAUGCACGAAGCCGCCUUGGCAGUUCUCAAGAUUCAGGGUCCCGAAGCCUUCUGGGCCUACGCCGUGGAGGUCUGUCGACGCCAAGAGGAGUUCUUCGACGACCAGACCUUCGAGAAGAGUCGGCUGCAGAUUUACAAGGAGUUGGUGAUCAUCGCGAACGAGAUGGGGUUCGACUCGUCGAAGAUCAUGGCGAGGCUCCAGCUGGCCGGCAGCGGCAAUUCGGGAAAUGCAGUGACGCAGCGCAUGAAGUGGGUGACGAAAUUCGCCCGCACUCGAGGAGUUCAUGUCACGCCAACUGUCUUCGUAAACGGUCUGGAGGCCGGAAUCGUGAGCAGCGAUUGGAAAGCUGAAGAGUGGGCAACAUUUCUCGACUGGCAUCUCAGCAACACUCCUGCACC